UUUCUUUCAAAGCCACCACGAAUGGUUGGAGGUUGAAAGUUUUCAAUCUACAGAAUUAAAAUUUUGUGGCGGGUUGUUGGCUGCCAUCUUGGACCUCGCUCGUUUGAGAAGCCGGCCGCCCGCAAAAAUCUUCGAGUUUCACGCGUUCGCGCGGCCUCACGUUUCCCGUAAGCGGAUUGCGUGAUUUCACGACGAAUUCCUAGAUCUGUUGCGGUCAAUUCAAUCAAGAUUCGGGUUCGGAAUGUAUUAGGUGUACUUUUUUCCUCGCGCAUUCGUAACUGGGUGAGUGGAGGACAUAAAGUAACUAGCUCUUAUAACUUUUUGAUAGACAACGGUGAAAGCAUAGCAAUCAACAAAACGAAUAGUAAUAGUGAUUUAUCGGAGAGAAUGGCAUUACCUAGUAGAGCGCGAGUUUAUACCGACGUGAAUUCACAUAAAUCUAGAGAUUACUGGGACUAUGAAUCCUAUGUUGUUGAUUGGGGGCAACAAGAUGAUUACCAGUUAGUGAGAAAAUUGGGCAGAGGAAAGUACAGUGAAGUGUUUGAAGCCAUUAAUGUCACAAGUAAUGAAAAAUGUGUUGUAAAAAUUUUAAAGCCUGUAAAAAAGAAGAAGAUAAAAAGGGAGAUUAAAAUCUUAGAAAACCUUAAAGGUGGGACCAACAUAAUUACACUUCAAGCAGUUGUCAAAGAUCCGGUAUCGAGGACACCAGCACUGAUCUUUGAGCACGUCAACAACACAGAUUUCAAGCAAUUAUACCAGACGCUAACAGACUACGACAUAAGAUACUACCUCUACGAGUUAUUAAAAGCAUUGGAUUAUUGUCAUAGUAUGGGAAUAAUGCAUAGGGACGUCAAACCGCACAACGUUAUGAUAGAUCACGAAAAUCGAAAGUUGCGGUUAAUCGAUUGGGGUCUAGCAGAGUUUUAUCAUCCUGGUCAAGAAUACAAUGUACGAGUAGCUUCGCGUUAUUUUAAAGGUCCAGAACUCCUCGUAGAUUAUCAGAUGUACGAUUAUUCAUUAGAUAUGUGGUCUCUUGGGUGCAUGCUUGCAAGUAUGAUAUUCAGGAAAGAACCGUUUUUUCACGGACACGAUAAUUAUGACCAACUAGUUAGAAUUGCAAAAGUUCUUGGAACCGAAGAACUGUUCGAGUACCUUGACAAGUAUCACAUCGAAUUGGAUCCACGUUUCAAUGACAUUCUAGGCCGACAUUCGCGCAAACGCUGGGAGCGUUUUAUGCAUUCGGAGAACCAACAUUUGGUGUCAGCCGAAAGCCUUGAUUUCCUUGACAAACUUUUGCGCUAUGACCAUUUCGAGAGACUCACUGCACGCGAAGCCAUGGAGCAUCCUUAUUUUUAUCCAAUAGUAAAAGAGCAAGGUCGGUUAAACAUGGUAUCAUCGUCACCUACUCCCAUGACAGGUUCGUUACCUGUAGGUGAGUAACGGCCCAGGUAAUGUCACCACCUCUAUUUCCAAUUUAUAAUUAUUUAACCAUAUCAUUCACGUAUUGCUGAAUCGACCAUGAGAACGCCAUAAACAUUCAUUCGCAUCCUCGAAUACGAUGCGUAUUGAUUUAAAAAAAAAUGAAAAACAAAAAAAAACAUCCGUGAAGUUCGUAAUAAUUCGGAUUCACAGUUUCUAUUUUACGAUAUUUAUAAAGAACUAAAGAAAUGCCCGCACCGGGGCUGCGAACAACGUCGGUGUCUAUGUCGUAAUGUCUACGGAUACUCGUAAUUCGGAUGGCACGCGGUUGAAUGCAUGAAAGGAAAACAAAAUAUCGGCUGUCGACAUCGUCCGGAGUCGGUGUCCAAAUUGUUUUUAACUGAUUCGCAAUGGCCAAGCACCACUCCUUGUAAAGUGUUCAAGCGUUGAGCGUGGAAACACAAUUUAUGUUGAAAUGUAUCGUUAAAAUAAGGUAUUUGUCGGGCACCUUCUCCAUUGCGAACAAGUUAAAAAAAAUAAGGAGAAAAAACAAAAACUAUGUUACGCUUUACGCGAGGUCGUUCCAGGCACCUGUAAAUAAACGAACAGGGAAAAUAGAAUGAAACCAUUACCAAACUGUCCCUCGUCGGGUAUUAUAUCCGACACGUGGAAAUUUUAGGGGGGCAUGGAAUGGCCAACGCGGUUUAUAAUAAUACAAUAGGGAUAAUGUACGAGAUAAUGUCAUUAACGGCCCUUACAACGCAAAACGAUCUUCUGUUUUGUUUGCAAGUGAUGUAUGCUUUUAUUUUUCACUGUACAACAACAAUGUACUACAAAAUUUUCCGAAUUACGCGACAACUAUUACGUUUUUUACCCUCUUUUUUUUCC